AAAGUGCAAGACAUGAAAUAUGAUCAAUACUUCAUUUCGUAAGUAGCUCUCGUUUAGUGCGGAUCGUGCAGUCCACGCGUAUUCAAUACUCUCCCAACAAAAACAAAGUGGGGGAUUACGGAUUCAUAGAAGCAAUCGCUAGAAUCCCAAAAUCUAUCAAUUAAAGAGGGAUACGCUUUGAAAAUGUCUUUAAACCUCUUAGGUAGCAUGUCUCCAUCCAAACUACACAUGGCUCCAGAUACCUCAACUUCCUCUGACAACGCUACGGCUAUCAGUUCGCUUCCACGAAAUAUUCAUAUUCCUUACAUUCUCAAUGGGGAACUAUUUGAAAUACAAACACAAGACGGUGAGAAUGUAACGGUGAAAUGUUGUAACUGCCCACCAGAUCGUGUGUAUCGUGGUAGCGUGAGAUCUACCGGCAAUUUUCACAUGCAUAUUAAGCGCCGCCAUCCAGAUUUGAUGGGGAAAAUAUAUGAUAUGAAGGUUAAUGCUUUAGUUGACCGCAGAGAUCGCUUUCUGAGAAACCGUAAAUCAACUCGACGUCGUAGUAACAAUGCCACUGGCAACAGAGCGCCUGCAUCACGAAUCGGACAACAACCGCCUUCAGAACUAUUUAAAAUUAAAGCAGCCUUUCAGCGGCACCAACUACAACAACAACAAAACCGAAACCAACAAGGAGAUCCAAACCAAAAACAUCCAAAAACUGAACAAAGCUCCGAUAUUUUGCAGAAGUGGAAUGCGCUCGAUCCCUUUCUGGUCACUCCUGGCCACUCCCUUGAAAGAGCACAUAACAACACACUAAUGGACGCGUAUAUUGAGAAGCCACUCAAUUUUAGCCUCAAACAAAAUGCCAAUGAAAGUACCGUUGCUAAUAUCAACUAUGCAGAGAGAGCGCAAGAGCUGGGUAUAAAGGAAGCCAAAACACCUGUGAAUUUUAAUGAAAAUGAUAUACCAAUGGAAAUGGUCGCAAAUGAGCAAAUAACAGGGUAUGAAUUAUUGUCGUUGCACAGCAAAAAUAAUUAUCAAGCAGAAAAUUGCAACUCAGCAAAUGAACGGUUUCGCGAAGAAUUGUCUCCGCAAGCUGAUGAGCACGUGGCACUUUAUCCCAUCAAUAGCGAUCAGUCAUUUUUCGGCCGCGCAACUACAUUAAGCGCCAUUACACCGUGUCCAAGUAAUGUGAACAGUUACGAUGGGAGUCAAGGUGCUAAUAGCAGCAGGCCUUAUGAUUUGAACUGUAAAAACUUGGACGUUAUUAAAAAUGAAUUAUUAUUGGGGGAAAUACAGCCAAUCGAUCUGUCUAUAGCUCCAUCAUCUUCGACAUUAUCAAGCUCUUCUGGGUUUGGCUCCGCCGUGAAUGCCACGCAAACUUCACGCGAAUCAGAUGGAAAUAUAAAAUAUGACGAGCUUAUUGUACAAGUUGUUCAUGCUUUGCAGCACUUGCAGCGGGAAUUACAAUCACACAAUCAAACGAAUAGCAAGUGGCUUAGUUUGGAAAUAGCGAAAUUCAAAUUUUUGCAUCCUGAGUUCGAGUUUUAAUACUAGUCAGCAGAGCGCAUUAUACAUAUAGGUACAUAUGAAGGUCUAGCAGGUCUAGAUAAUAUUUGGUGUUUCCCUAUAUUUUAACCGCUACUCGUACCGCAGUAAAAUUGUAAAGAACCACCGUCAUGUACAAAGCAUUCCGUUCCAAUGGUAGAAUAAACUAUUAAAUUUAAGCGCCGUUUUGUUAAAAUUUAGCAUAAGACAAUAAUAUUAAGCACGCCCCACAUGUAUAUAUUAUAUUUACUUUAAAGCUUUGAAUUAAGAGUUUAAGUUGAAAUUGAAAUUAUUUACAUUAUUUAGUUGAAUCUAUGAACUGUUAAUAAAUACCUCGAGAAAACUUUCGAUAAGUAAAAUUGGAACAAUAAUAUUAAUAAAGGAGCUGCGCAUACAGCGGUGACAAAUUCAAUGGAUUUCAUCCACCAAA